GUUCUGAUGUCUUCCGACAAGUACUUCAAUCUAUUUGUCCCUCGAUCUAUGGUCACGAGCUCGUUAAAGACCACAACAUCCAGCAUUUUGGCUUUGGUUUUAUUCGUCCAUGGAAGCUACAUCGGUGACAAUACCCAGAUUCAACGGCGAUAACCCUAAGGCAUGGAUAUUCCAGGUAGAACAGUAUUUCACCCGCUAUAAUAUUUUUUCUGAUCAUAAGUUGUCGUUGGCUUCUUUAUAUUUGGAUGGCGAGGCUUUGGAUUGGUAUUGUUGGUUAUAUCGAAACAAACAACUUGCGGAUUGGGACCAUUUUGUGGCCAAAUUGUUUAUUCGUUUUCGGAAUCGGGAUGCACCUAAGGGGCAUUCAGCCUUUCUCCGACAACUUACAACAGUAGACUAUUAUCCGACACGAGGUGCGGCUAUUCCGCCAUGGUGCACUAUGGCCAAUUCGCUUUUGCCCCAAUCUUGUAAUGCACAAUCAGACUACAACAACUUCAACCUUGCCCACAAGGUGUUUGGUGAAAAGUCGGAUACAAAUACUGAUAUUGUUGUAGAUGUUGAGACAAUGCUACCAACGCCAGAUGCUGUGAAACCAGAGGGUUGUGACGAGAAUGCAUCAAUACUAAUUGAAAAUGAUAGUGCUGGAAUUUUGGCAACUCAAGCGAAAGAGGAGAUCUGUCACUCGGUUUUAGAUGCAAACACAGAGAAUGCCGACUUCCCUUUGCCACAAUACUUUGUUGAGCCAUCUGUAUACAACAACAAUGAGGCGCAGAAGGUGUUCGUGGAAUUAUUUGAUUGGUCUAAAGACACUACUCUGGACACCAUUGAGGCACAGUUUCCUACUGAUCCCGAGUGUCAUGUCGCUCUAAGUGAUGAGGCAAAUGACUGUGCUAAUGCUGUUGAAAAUAAAGACAAAAAUGACGAAGAGAAAAUUGUUACUAUUGGAAAAGAAAUACUGCAAUUUGUUCCUGCAAUUAUAGUGCAACCUUUAUCAUGGAUUGGUUCUACAUUUUCUUGUUCUGGUGACCUUGUCAUGUUUAAUACUCAACAUGGACUUGAGCUAGCCCAAUGCUUGAAGGAGAUGUCUUGUAUAUUUUUAAAUUGUAAUUGCGACCAACUUAUAAAAAGAGGUAUAUUUAAUCACUUCAGUGGACUUAGUUAUGCUGCGCCGAUCUUAACUUUGCGUCUAUUUCCACCUGACCGUUUGGGGUUAGAUUUCCCAUUUGACCCUGGCUCUAGUUUGCUUACUAUGUUCCUUAGAGUUACAAGAAUUUGUGUAUUCUGUGCUGCUGUGGGCGUCUUGGAACUUGAUAAGUUCAUGGCAUCAACCUUGUGGGAUUCUUGCAAUUGGGUUGAUACUGAACAUGAGCGAAAUCUUCAUGGUUCCUUGUUAUCUAAAUUGGGAGAGCUCGCUGUGGAGGACAAAAUACAUGGGGUGCUCGAGGCAUUUGCUGGGCGAUAUUUUGAGCCGCCGCCAAAUAUUCUAGUCAACAGAGCACUCGGUAGUGAGGUUACCCUUAUUGCAGCUCUAGAUCAACUUAUUCCAGGAUUUGCUCUUGAGAUUAGUAAGUUAUCUCAACAGGUUCUGAUACAUCCUAAGAAAAUUGAGCUAGGAGAUGAACUUCAUGGUCUUGAGAAAGAAACAUACAAAGCUAGCAAAGCUCGACGUGUUGAAGUGACAAAAUACCUUGUUUAUUUGAGGGACAAACUGCAGUAUGUGAUUAUGCGGUAUAAGAUAAAGAAGGAAAGAAUUGCUGAGAUUCGCAGGCUCAAUCAAAAGCGCGACCAACUCAAAUAUGCUUUUCAAGAAACUAAAAGGGGAUAUGAUAUUGUUAGAGCAACAGACAUUAAAUAUGAGGCUAGUCAACAAAUGCGCGCUGCAAUAGCAAAGCGUGAGAUUAGUUCAAAUGAGAAUUCAAUGUUAAUCGAGACCCUUAGAGAGCAUGGACUUGCUAUACCUUUGGUUGAGCAGCUGUCAGAUGAUGGCAAGAUGAUUUUCAGCAAAGGCGUGGAUUGCUGGUUGUAUUAUAUAUCCAAUGCUUGCAAACCUCCCUUUGACCUUAGUUGUGCUCUUGAUGGCUUUAUUGGCAUCCAAUUGUCUUCGGCUUUUAUCUACCUAGCACCCUGUCAUGUGAAUACAACAUUUGAUAGACCAGGAAUAGACUCUACUGUGUACAGGAAGGAUUUUAUUUGGUAAUCAUUUUCUAUGACACAAAUCAACUUAACUACCAUUGUUCUUUCAAAAGAGUGUCCUUUCUCGAACCUUGAGGACAAGGUUCUUAUUGAGGACGGGAGUAUUGUUAUGAACCAAGAUAUUGGGCCAAGAAGAACUAUUGGGCCGAGAAGAAGCCACAGGGCCAGAAGGCCUUCGAAAAGGUUAAUUUGGGAUCCGGGUCCAAGAAGUGCAAUCACGAAUCGAUUAAAAGGGACUAGGCGUCAGCAUGGAGGGAUUAGGCUGAAUUUUGUAGAAACUUCCCCUCUCUAGUCUCUCUCUCCCUUGACUAUUUCUCUCUGUGGCUCUGUCUUCCCAUCCCCUUUCUUUCUGUUACUAUCCUUAAUUAUUGCUACUUUUCAGUGUAGUUUCCUUUGUUAUCAGUAUCAAUAUACCAAUCUAUUAUUUCUGUAUUUGGUUGCGGAUAUUGGAUCCAUAACAUGCUGUUUGCUGGGGAGUAAAUUUAUCUCCAGCUAAAAUGGAAUAGAAUUCAGGGCAUCAAGGACAAGUUAUCGGGAUACAGUGGACUGAGAAUAUCUUCAAACAUGAAUUUUCUCUUUGAUCUGCUCAUAACUGUGUUUGCUGUUGAAAAGUAUAUCAAGCAGUUAUAGACCAAAAAAAAAGCCCAGUGAAUACCCACAAGUAGGGCCUGGGGAGGAUAGUCUUUACGCAGUCCUUUCCUCUACCCUGGGAGGGCAGAAAAGCUAUUUCCGAUAGACACGGCUAAAGACAAGAUGAAAAGAAGCAGUGGCAACAAGUAAUAAUAACAACUAGAUAUUAAGAAAAUCGAAGCGAAAGAUAGCAAUCAAAUAGUAGUUAGUAAUAGCAAUCUAAGAAUAAAAGUGUAAAAAUCAUUUACAUCCCCCAAGUUUACUCUAAAAAUCAAACUCAUCCUCCAACUUUAAACAAUUGUCAUUUUCAUCCUUUUAUCCUACGCAAUGUCUAUUGUACCCUUUGACAUUUUCAACUCCCCAUAUACGUAAUACCUUUUUUAUAUUAUCUAGA